GUCCAAAAUUCGUGAGCCCGCAUUUCCCUAUCUCCCAACUCUCCUCCUCACCUUCUUCUUAUACUCUCUCUCUCUCUCUCUCUCUCUCUCUCUCUCUCUGUAAUGGGGCACGCAUCGAACGGCUCGUCUUUGCCCUCUCCCCCUCUGAAAUUUCUCAUCUACGGUCGUACGGGCUGGAUAGGGGGCCUCCUCGGCAAGCUCUGCGAAGCGCAGAGCAUCGACUACACGUACGGAUCCGGCCGUCUGGAGAACCGCUCCCAGCUGGAAGCCGACAUCGCCGCCGUCCAGCCGAGCCACGUUUUCAAUGCCGCCGGUGUCACCGGCCGGCCGAACGUGGACUGGUGCGAGUCGCACAAGGUGGAGACGAUCCGUACAAACGUCGUCGGCACCCUCACCCUGGCCGACCUCUGCAGAGAGAAAGGCCUUAUCUUGAUUAACUACGCUACCGGCUGCAUCUUUGAGUACGACGACAAGCAUCCGCUUGGGUCGGGGAUCGGAUUCAAGGAGGAAGAUUCCCCCAAUUUCAUCGGUUCCUUCUACUCUAAGACCAAGGCCAUGGUGGAAGAUCUGCUCAAGAACUAUGAGAAUGUCUGCACCCUCCGUGUCAGGAUGCCCAUCUCAUCAGAUCUAUCGAACCCACGUAACUUCAUCACAAAAAUCACUCGAUACGAGAAAGUGGUCAACAUCCCCAACUCGAUGACAAUCUUGGACGAGCUCCUCCCAAUCUCCAUCGAGAUGGCGAAGCGGAAUCUCACCGGGAUUUGGAACUUCACCAAUCCCGGCGUGGUCAGCCAUAACGAGAUCCUGGAGAUGUACCGUGACUACAUUGACCCCAGCUUCUGUUGGAAGAACUUCACGCUGGAGGAGCAGGCGAAGGUAAUCGUCGCCCCAAGGAGCAACAACGAACUAGAUGCUACCAAAUUAAACAAGCAGUUCCCCGAGCUUCUGCCCAUCAAGGAGUCCCUCAUAAAGUAUGUAUUCAAGCCUAAUCAGAAGACCUCUACAGCAUGAGUUACUUAUUGGUUUUAUGUUCUAUUUCUCGAGUGAGCUCCUGGUGAUGGGAGUACAGAACCAUAUAUCUUCUUGCAUCCGUCAUUCAAGGUGGCGCAUGUUUGGCAUUUUAUCUGCUUUGUUUAUCAAUAAGUUAGUUUUUUGGUGGGUUUUGUUCUUCUUCCUUCUUUUUUUAAAAAGAAUUUAAAUUCCUGCUAUAGAACUUGUUCUAUCAUCUUGAAGGACUGAUUUGCUCAUAUAUAUAUUAUUUAAGAUGGAUUCUUGUUCGUUGCUGA